UACAAACAAAAAAAAGUCAUUUUGAUUUACCUACAUUCAUACACAGAGCACGUAAUAUUUUAAUUACAAAUACAAAGUACAAGGUAGACCGGACCGGCUGACAAUAUCUCAGAUACCGUUGAUAGAAAAAUAUUAGUAGAAUUCGGCAUCGUUUAUCAUCUUCGGUCCGCACACGUCGUGUUAAUUUUAUUGAUAUCAAGAGAUGUCAAAGGUCGAUUUGGUUGUGUUUGGGGCCACCGGCUUUACCGGCAAGAAAGUUGUCGAGGAGUUGGCCAGAGGGGAGAAGAAGUAUGCUGGCAUCAGCUGGGCAGUGGCGGGACGCGCUGAGAAGAAACUUGAGGCUGUCUUGAACGAAGUGGCCCAGAAGACGGGCGCGGACUUGUCCGGCGUGCGGCGCAUAGUUGCUGAUGUAGGAGACAACGAUUCCUUGAAGAGCAUGUGCUCGCAAGCCCGCGUGGUGGUCAACGUGUGCGGUCCCUACCGGCUUUAUGGCGAGCCGGUGGUUCGCGCCGCCAUCGACAGCAAGGCACACUAUGUGGACGUGAGCGGCGAGCCUCAGUUCAUGGAGACGAUGCAAAUUGAGUACGGCGCGCAGGCGCGUGACGCAAACGUUUGCGUGGUCAGCGCGUGCGGCUGGGACAGCGUGCCCAACGACAUGGGCGUCGUCUUCCUGGACCAGAACUUCGGAGGCACUUUGAACUCUGUGGAGUCGUACAUAAGCACCAAAAUCGCGCCCGAGGUGGCGUGGCAGGCGUUCUCGCGGGGCAGCGUCAACUACGGCACCUGGGAGUCUCUGGUCUAUGGCUUGGCCCAUUAUGAUGAGCUGGGGUCGCUGAGGAAGAAGCUAUAUCCUACUUCCAUGCCUUCUUUCAAGCCGAAACUGCAGAACAAGGUCCUCCCUCACAAGGAAGGCGGCCACUGGUGCAUCCCAUUCCUGGGAGCCGACAACUCCAUAGUGUAUCGCACUCAGCGCACCCUCUACGAAACGGAAAACAAACGCCCGGCGCAAUUCCGCGCGUAUCUCAAAUUCCCCAACUUACUCUACGUGGCCAUGCUGUAUGUCUUCGGAACUAUAAUCAUGCUGCUAUCCAAAUGGCAGUUCACGAGGCAGUGGCUGUUGGACUAUCCCAGGAUAUUCUCGUGCGGGAUGGUGACGCGACAGGGCCCGCCGCAGGAGGUCAUGGAUAACACCAGGUUCCAGUUCAAACUGGUUGGGAAGGGCUGGGCGGCGGGAGAAGAUGUGGACACCACUGAGCCGACUAAGACUGUGGUUGCUACGGUGGCGGGGCGCGACCCCGGCUACGGGUUCACAGCACUGGCGCUGACGCAGUGCGCCGCCACCAUCCUGCGCGAGCGAGACAGCAUGCCCAAGGAGGGUGGAGUGAUGACCACCGGGGUGGCAUUCCAGAGGACUAAUCUCAUCAAAAAUAUUCAGGAUAGCAACUUUGAAGUCAAAUUCGAGAUCGUCGAACCCAAAUAAAUAAAUAAGAAACAAUUUAAAUACGAGUACCUAGACUAUGCAUUCCAACGGUAAACUAAACUUUAUUUCUCUAACGUUUUCUAGUCUGCGAUGUUUAAAUAAUAAAAUUAAAUAAAGCUUAUUCAAA